AUGACAGCAACAGGGGAGAAUCUAAUGUUCCAGAAAGAUAUUUUGAGAAAUGCUGCUUACAGAAAUAGUAGUUCACAAAUGAUUUCAUUCUCUCUCAAUCAUCCGGAUUGGAGCUCGGUUCCAAGUCCCCUUGCAAAGCGCCACGGCUUGACAGAUCCACCCCUCCUCGCAUGGUCGGCCCAGUCGCGAAGACUGACCUGGGGACGCGCUCUUGACGCCCUGGACCCAGUCCUUGCGUCGCUACGGGGCAGGCCAACGUUGCCCACCUCACCCGCAACUCCAGAACGCCGCUCUCCACCCACUGCUCUGUGGAGGACGCGCAGCCUGGUUACCUCGGAAACGACGCUGCCUCCGUUACGCCGCGUGCGGGAGGUCAAAAGCCAGUCUAGCUAA